CACACAGACACGCACACACGCACGCCCAGGCACCGGCAGCGCCCGGCCCCGCCGCGCUCCGCGCCCGGCGCUUCCCCUGCGGAACUCCCAUUUGCCGCGGCGCUCCUCCAAUCGCAGGAUUCCCCCUCUCGCGUCCGGCGUUUAACUCGCAUGACAUUUUUAUUUCGUUAUUAUCGUUUUCGCGCAGAAUCUGGCGCCUCCGAUGGGUUGCCGGGUUGGCUUUUUUUUUUUUCUCCUUCCCCGUUCCCUUCCCCUCCUCCCCCUCCCCCCUCCCCUCCUAGCUCGCAGGAAAUGAUGGCAAACCGCGAUCUGAAAUGAUUACUCCGGAAAAAAACCCUUUUAUACCAGGAGAGCAUCCACGGGGCUAGGCAGAGGCAGGAGGCGGCCGCGGGGCAGCGGGGAGCCGAGGAGCCAGCCGCCGGCGGAGCAGGGACCCCCCCCCCCCCCCCCGGCAGUUCUCUCCGACGAUGCCGGACGAAGCCACGGAAAACGCCGGCUCCACCUCCGCCCGCGUCUCGUCCUUCUUCAUCGAGGACCUGCUGGGCACCGAGGGCACGGCGGGCGGCGGGGCGCGGCGGGCGGCGGCGGGCGGCGGCGGCCGCGGGGGGCCGCGCUGCGGGCCGCGCUCCCCGCUGCGCCUCGGAGCCCCGGGCUGCCCCCUCCGCGACGCCGCCGUCGGCUGGUACCGCCGAGCGCACGCCGCUUUCCUGGGCUGCGCCAGCCCCGACACCAGCGACCGGGAUUCGCCCGAGCUGCCCGAGGAGCCGGCGGAGCGGGCGGGCGGCGGCGGCGGCGGCGGGCGGGCGGCGGCGCGGGGCCCGGCGGGCGGGCGGCCGGGGCCGGGCGGCCGUGAGGAGGAGGAGGAGCGCGGCGAGGAGCCGGGAGAGCCGGAGCAACGCGCCGCCGGCCGCAAGAAGAAGACGCGCACGGUGUUCAGCCGCAGCCAGGUCUUCCAGCUGGAGUCCACCUUCGACGUGAAGCGCUACCUGAGCAGCUCGGAGCGGGCCGGGCUGGCCGCCUCGCUGCACCUCACCGAGACGCAGGUGAAGAUCUGGUUCCAGAACCGCCGCAACAAGUGGAAGCGGCAGCUGGCCGCCGACCUGGAGGCGGCCAACCUCUCCCACGCCGCCCAAAGGAUAGUGCGGGUCCCCAUUUUGUACCACGAGAACUCGCCGGCGAGCGCCUUGGGCUUCACCCUGCCCCACAUGUCGCCCCCCUUGGUGGGCUUCUCCAGCGGCGUCAGCUACCCCCUGGGCACCUUCCCCGCCGCCUCCCUCCCUUUCCUACGGUCGCAGAUGACAGGACUCGUCUGAGCGCCCACCUGCGCCGGGACCGCGGCCCCCUCGCCCCCUCCCCCGGCUUCCAGCUCCACCCCCCUUCCUCCCCGGACUUUUUAUUGCCAACUUACACGUUUCUCGAUUUUCUGCUUUGUGACUUUUUUUUUUUUUUUUUUUUUUAAACGUGCAAUAAACUUGCUUUUGGGGUAAACUCGGAGCGACGCGCAGCAGCCGGAGGGAACCGAAAGGACUACGAGGACCCCAGCCAUGAGCCGGGAGCGGGUCGGCGGGGCUCCCCCCGCCGCGCAUCCAAAGAAAAUGCAGCCCCGUGGCAGCGGCAAAGCCCUCGCCGCCGCCUCGGCCCCGGGGUGACGCAGAGCGGCGUUUUCCGGGGGCGGCAGCAGCCCCCCAGACCCUUCCCCACCGCCCCCCGCAGAGCUGCCGAGCGUGAGACGAAUGUACGGAACCGCCGGGGCCGGGGGGCCCUUCCCGGCCCCGCCGCCGCCCCCGCCCCACGGACGGCGAAGCCCCGGGGCCCCCGCCGCGGCCAGGGGCCCUUCCCCGUGUCCUCCGCUGCCCCGGGCCGGCGCUCCUGCCGGGGGAACCUUUCAUUUUCCCCGCUGCCCCGGCUGCUUUCCGUGCAGAGCCGGGGGAGCCUGCGGAUCCUCGCCUCCAGCAGCUUCUCCAGGGCCCUUUGUUUUAGCCACUUAAUUCGUACAGAUUUCUGCCCCCCUCCCUCCAUGGUUACUCUCGUUUUCAUACGAUCGAUACCCAAGCAUGUGCUGAUGCCCCCUGGUCCUUCUCGAUGCAGGCUUUUUGAUUUGAAACAACUCGAAGAAGGCAAAUCGUUGGAAUGAAUUCGCCCCGCUGAAGUCCGAGCUGUGAGGAUUUGGCUUCUUGGUUUUCGUUUUAUUUUCCCUGACAAACUAUCGGCUAAAAUACGCGGUUAAAUACAUACAAAUAUAUAUAUAAUUCAACAUACUGUAUGUUACCAGUGGGUUUGCCACUUAUUUCGGUAUCCUGAGGAGGCUGAGGAAAACGCACCUCGGCUUGUCUGUUUCUUACGGGAUCGGUUUGUGUAAUCGAUUAGGAGUUUGCACUGGCAAUUAAAAAGGAAGGAAAGAAAAAUAAUCAGAUGGGGACAGACUGGGGAGCUGUAUGGCUAGUUAUGCAACCUAACCUGUAAUGUGAUAUUAUAUGAAGUAUUAUGCAUGCCAAGCUAUUUUUUUUUUCCUUUAAUAACUGUUUUCUUUCCCCCUGUCUACCCGCUGCUAAAAUGAAUAUGGGGUCCAUCAUUGUUUCUAAAGGUUUGAAUUGCUUUUUCCGAAUAUUAAGGGGGAAAUGACCUUAUAAAACUCAGCCUUGGUGGAAGGUCAAGCUUUGAUCGUACAUUUUAGGGCAUAAUCAGACGUAAUUGAACCGACCAGCUCGAAGCACUCGGUGUCCCCGCAGGGAAAGCCGGGUCCUGGAUCUAUUGGCGUAUGUGCAUGCGGACCUGUCUCCAGUGAAGGAAGAGCGAUCUAAUUCUUACUAUUUCCUACGUUUUAUAUUAUAUUUGGAGCAAUCUCACGGUUUCUUGUUAUGAAAUCGAUCGGCGAGAUGCGGCGGAGCUUCAGCUUUGAUACGAAACCUGAGAAGAAGGGUCAGGGGCGGAUUAUAACCUCUCCACCGCUUUUUUUUUUUUUCUUUCUUUCUUUUUUUUUUUUUUUUCUUUUUCCGCUUUGGCCUGAAACACGGCUCUGGGCAUCAGCCUGCACAGUUGAAGUCAGGACGCUGGAAGUCUCAAAACCACUCGAGAAUGAAAUAAAUAUAUAUAAUCCGGGUUCCUGAGAAAAGUGCUAACUUGCCGGGGUGCUCGUUUCGAUUUGAGCCCCGUUUCUGGAAGCUGUUGGGGUUUUUUAAAUUAUUUCCCCCCCCCCCCCAACUGCUCUGAAAUCCCUCGUCUCACUCCGGGAGAUCUUCGCCAGCUGUUUUCUUUGCAUAUCCGUCAAACACCCGAAUUCGGGGCGAAAACUUCUAAAGCCUGGUCCCCGAGCAGUGUAAGAAGGACGGGGAGGCGGCGGGGUUGGGGGUGCCGGUGCCCCGGACGGGACCCGCCGGCCGCGGGGGGAGAGGCUGGGGCGGACUUCAGCCUUUUCCUGCGCAGAGGAGGUGACUCGGAGCGAUGUUUCUUCCUCGGGGCGCAACCACUUGAUUUGAUGCCGUUCAGAGCCUGGCUAGCCCUGGAAGAAAGCGGCCAGACCGUUUCCCCCGUCAUACCCAGCUCCCCAGCUCUCCCAGUGUUACCUACUGGAGCAAAAUCCUGACUCACUACAGUCAUAUCAGAGUAGAUUGUAAUCCAACGCGAAACUUAACACGCCUGCCACUCUCCACAUGCCUUUUCUUUGGAGUAACAUGAGAUUAUUAUACUUCUGAUUCUACUAAAUAUUCUUUUCUUGAAGUUAAGGAACUGGCAGGGCUAAAUGAUCAAUCGGAUUUUUAAAAUGUGUUUUGACAUUAGUUUGUUUGUUUUUUAAAGACGUGCUGAUUAUAUCAAUAAACAGAUUUUUUUUCAUA